AUGAUGGGCGCAGCUGUAGCUCUCCAAGUCCUUCUCGCCCCGCAGCUGGUCUCGAUCGACCAAGCAUCGUCCCAGCAGACGGCUGUGUCUGUCAAAGCGUCUAUCCAAAAUCCCUCCAAUGAGCCGGUGACGAUGCUCAAAUGGGGUACCCCUUUUGACCCAAAAGCCGGCAUCCUGGGGGUUUUCCAAGUGCAGGAUGAGACAGAUGGUCAGGCUGUCCCCCUUGACACCAUCAAGUUCUCCCGCAAGCUUCCUCCCGCCGCGGAUGACUUGCUCGAAAUCGCCCCAGAGAGCACGGUUGACACCGUUGUCACUCUUCCACCUAUGCCUCUCCAGUCAGGUCAUGACUUCUCAAUCCGUGCCCAGGGAAGGUGGCAUGCAGUGUGGGAAACUCCUACGCAAACCGGGGCGAUUUCGAGUCGAACACCGUUCAGUUCAAAAUCGAAUAAGCAAUGUUGA